ACAGGACAAGAAUGCUUAGGAAAUUUUCCGAGAGGGAAUGACCGUUUUCCCUAAAAUGACUUCUUUCUAAACUGCUUCCUAGAUUGUUUCCAUGAUGCUUAUGCUCCUGAAGCCCACCCACCAAGAUGUCCUGCCAGCAGAACCAGCAGCAGUGCCAGUGCCCCCCCAAGUGCCCCCCCAAGUGCCCGGUCCCAGAAUGCCCCCCCAAGUGUCCCAAGUGCCCCCCAGCCCCUCCCUGCUGCGCCCCCAGCUCUGGGGACUGCUGCAGCGCUGGGGCUGGGGGCUGCUGCCUGAGCCACCACAGGCGCCGCAGGUCCCACCGCCGCAGACACCACAGCCCUGACUGCUGCAGCCAGCCCUCGGGGGGCUCCGGCUGCUGCGGCGGGGGCAGCGGCCAGUCCUCUGGGGGCUGCUGCUGACCUGGACCCUGAGGCAAGAAGCGCUGACCUGCGGCAGCAAAUGGGCACACACAUCCUCCUCCUGCUGCUCCUCCUGGGCUUACCUGAGAGGUCCCAGGGAAGUUUCUGAGCUCUUGGCUGGAGUGUCCCUCUGCCCUGGGAUUCAGAAGCCUGAAUCUGCUCCCAAGAAUCUAUCUGCUGACCUCUAACACCAACUGUGUUGUCUGCCCUGGGAUCCCCAAACCACAGACUCUAACUCAUUCCCCAGCUAAUCUCCUUGCAGUCUGCAUCCUCACAUGCAACAAUAAAACAAGAAAUCUGCUUA